AAGACCCUCUGGCAGGUGGAAGCUGGCGCAGGCCCCUCUGCCAGCCACGGGAUGCAGCGGCCGGAGGUUCCCUGCGCCAGCGCCUUCAGGCUGGCCUCCUGGGAUUUGGGAGAAGCAGGCUGUGUGAUUCCCACACACCCAGUUCUAGGGCUGCUGCGCGCGUGUGCGUCCGGCUCCGGAGCUUUCCCCGCCCAGAGACCUGGUCCCGCCCCGUUCCCGUGCGUCCCGGGCGCACGCGCUGCGGAAGGCGGCUGAGCGCGCACGGCGGCUACCGAGGCCAUGGCGCUGGAAGCCAUCCGCUCCUCCCGGGGCUCGCUGCACAUCCUGGACCAGCUGCUGCUGCCGGGGCAGAGCCGCUACGAGGCGGUGGAGUCGGUGCAGCAGGCCUGGGAGGUCAUCCGCGCCAUGAAGGUGCGCGGGGCCCCAGCCAUCGCCCUGGUGGGUUGCCUCAGCCUGGUCGUGGAGCUGCAGGCGGGCGCCGGGGGCCCAGGACUCGCCGCCCUCAUGCAUUUUGUCCGCGAACGCCUGAGCUUCCUGGUCACCGCCCGGCCCACGGCGGUCAACAUGGCCCGCGCCGCCCGGGACCUGGCCGACGCCGCGGCCCGUGAGGCCGAGCAGGACGGCGCCACGGAGGAGGCGGUGCGGGAGAGAGUGAUCCGCUACGCCGAGGCCAUGCUGGAACAGGACCUCAAGGACAACAGGCGCAUCGGGGACCUGGGAGCGCAAGACCUGCUAGCCAAGGCAGCCCCGGGGGGCGGCAAGGUGACCGUGCUGACCCACUGCAACACCGGGGCGCUGGCCACCGCUGGCUACGGCACGGCCCUGGGCGUGAUCCGCUCCCUGCACAGCCUGGGCCGCCUGGAGCACGCCUUCUGCACGGAGACCCGGCCUUACAACCAGGGAGCCCGGCUCACGGCCUUCGAGCUGGUCUACGAGCACAUCCCCGCCACCCUCAUCACGGACAGCAUGUCGGCGGCGGCCAUGGCACACAAGGACGUGUCAGCCGUGGUGGUAGGCGCCGACCGCGUGGUGGCCAACGGGGACACGGCUAACAAGGUGGGCACCUACCAGCUGGCCAUCGCCGCCAAGCACCACGGGAUCCCCUUCUACGUGGCGGCGCCCAGCUCCUCCUGCGACCUGCGGCUGCAGACGGGCGCCGACAUCACCAUCGAGGAGCGCCCCGGCCAGGAGCUGACAGACGUGAACGCAUCGCGGCGCCCGCCAGCUCUGCCUCUCUCCCCUCCAGGCAUUGGGGUCUGGAACCCCGCCUUCGAUGUCACCCCCCACGAGCUCAUCACCGGGGGAAUCAUCACAGAACUGGGCGUCUUCACCCCUGACCAGCUCCACGCUGCCCUUUAG